UACCACUUACCAUAAUAGUAGCACAGGCCCAAAGGACACAGACAAAGUAACAACGGUGAAGAUGACCGACCUACUGAGAUUGUCGUUGCCGCCGAAAUCAAAACCCAAUGAAGCUCCUCCGCGUUUCCGCCACCCUCAAAACCCUUCGCCGCCACAUGCUCCGCGGCUUCGCCGCCGCUGGGAACAUAGAAUCAGUAUCGGAGCCCAUCACGAUGAUAGCAGCGAAGAAGGGUUUGCAGCCAAAUUUGGUUUCGAUGAAUGCGGUUAUUCAGGGUUUGUGCGUGGAAAGGAGGAAAGAAGAAGCUGAGGCGGUGUUUGAGGAGAUGAAACGGAAGGGUUUGGCACCUGAUGAGAAGACUUACUCGUCUCUCUUUCAUUUGUUCUGCGACUGGGGUUUUUAUGCGUCCUAUUGGAGUGAGAAAGCUGAUAAGGUUUUGAGUGAAAUGAUUGAUAGCGGGUUUUCACCCUCGGUUGUUGAAUACAACAAGCUUAUUCAUUCAUACUGCAGUUGGGGUUGGGAAGAGGGGGUUGAGAAGGCUGUGGAGAUUUUGAGAAGCAUGCCUGAGAGGGGUUUGUCCCCUGAUGCUGAAAGUUAUAGCAAUGUUAUUUCUAAGUUUGGCCAAAUUUGGGAGCUGGAGAAGGCAUUUGAAAUCAAGAAGGAGAUGGUUGACAAGGGCUUCUUGCCUUGUGUAUCAUUUCGAGGCUUAUAGACCGCCUGUGCUGGAUCCCGCAGGCGCAGCCAAGACUGUUAGAAGCUUUUGAUCUCUUCCGAGAGAUGCUGCGAAGGGGUGUGUUGCCAAAGGAGUAUACUUAUUAUAAUUUGAUGUAUGCUUAUUGUGAAAAAGGUGAAUUCAGUAAGGCUUUUCAUAUGCAUGAGGAAAUGAUACACAAGGGUUUUUUGCCUGAUUUUUUUACUAGAUUUUCACCGUCUCUUGUUACUUGCAAUGCGCUUAUUCAUGGACUUAGCUUUUUCGGGAGGGCUGAGGAGGCUCUGGAGAUUUUGAGGGGCAUGCCUGAGAUGGGUUUGUUCCCUGAUACUGUUAGUUAUACUGCCGUUGUAUCUGGGUUUUGCCAAAUCGGAGAGCUAAGGAAGGCGUAUGAUUUGAAGAUGGAGAUGGAUGAAAUGCUGACGAGUGAUACGUCGGAUGUCCGGCCCCUGUCUGGAGACGUGUUACGUUCACUUAUUACCGAAGAAGGCGACCUGUUGGAUGAGGUUAAUUAUACUAGUGUGAUAAAUGCUUAUUGUGCUGAUGGUGAAGUGGUUAAGGCUGAGAAAUUGCUUGAUGAAUUGACACACUAUGAUGUGCGACGGUGUGUUAUCUAUGAUGUGUUUGUUAAUGGACUUGAUAAGAAAGCUAGGACAAAAGAAGCUAAGGAGAUGCUCCUGGGCUGGGUUUUUUAUAUGUGGUGGAGUACUUGGCCAACUUUAACAUUUGAUACUCUGAUAGAGAACUGCAGUAAUAAUGAAUUUAAGAGUUUGGUAGAGCUUGUCAAAGGUCUACGGACGAGGGAUUUAGAGAAUGCGGCAGCCAGUGUUAUGAACACAGUGUUUCAGUGGAAUUAUAAGCCAGAUGGAGCAGUUUAUAAUUUCUUAAUUGUUGAACAUUGUAGAUGUAAAAAUGUUGAUAAGGCGUAUAAUAUGUACACGGAGAUGGUGCAUUAUGGUAUUGCUCCUCAUAUGUUCUCUGUACUUGCUCUUAUCCAUGUUCUAUAUUGUGAUGAUAGGUACAAUGAGAUGAGCUGGGUAAUUCAAAACACAUUGAGGAGCAGUAACCUCAAUGAUUCUGAGCUACAUAAACUACUUAAUGAAAUUGGCAUCAGUAAAGGUAAAUUUAAAGAAGAUGCUCUUUUCAAUGUGCUAGCUGAAAUAGCCAUGGAUGGCCUGUUACUUAAUGGUGGAAAGUGUUCAUAUGCUCCAACAAGAGCCUAAUAUCUUAAGUUUUGCUUGUUGAACUCUGUUACCAUAACCUUUAAGUAGAAAUUGAUUUCUUUGUGUUUUUUAAAUCUAAAGGUCUUUCUUACAGUUGCUAAUUUACUUUCAGGUUCUUGGGAAUCAUGUUUUAUAGUGCUAUGAUUGAUUAUAGAAUAUUUUGUUAAAUUUGCGUGUACAGUUGGUCGUGUUAUAUAGCAGUACUUAUAAACAAAGUAAUGAAAUUAUGUCAUAGGAGCACAAAUUAAAUAUUCCAUGCCUUCGUAGUCCAAAUUUCCAUGAAAAGCCAAAACCUUCAAUAAAAAACCUGUCCUGACAUGGGUGAUGAAGAAAAAAUCAUUCUAUACCCAUUUGCAUACGUCUAUAACAACUACACCGCUGGAUGGAUGAUGGUUACCGUGCAGUAUGGUAGAUAGUGGGUUUUUUACUUUUUUCCAGUACAUAAGCAGGUCUACUUCAAGGGUUGCUCCAGGUCAAUUUUAUGGGACGAGGCUGAUGUGAUCAAGGUCAGUAAUGUGGAGCUUGAGUUCCUAACCGGGAGUGACAAAAUUGAUGAUGCCUCUGCUCUCUCCCUGUGGCAUCCCAAUUUGAAGUUGCUCCUGGUAACUCUUGGUGAAAAUGGCUCCAGAUACUAUACCAAGAAUUUCCAUGGAUCAGUGGAGGGUUUCAGUGUCAAAACCGUUGAUACAACUGGUGCUGGUGAUUCCUUUGUUGGUGCUCUGUUGUGCAAGAUUGUUGAUGAUCAAUCCAUAUUUGAAAUUAAGGGAAGUGCUUAAGUUUGCAAAUGCUUGUGGAGCAAUUACAACCACUAAAUAAUGUGCAAUUCCAGCUCUUCCCACACAGGCUGAUGCUCUCAACCCGAGCAACGAUGCAUAGAAAUUUAGUGCUAGUAUAGAUUAGAUGAGAACAAUUAGUUAUUAUGAUAGUUGGUAACAUUUUUACUAGAUGUUAAUGUGAUGAUACCAAUCUUCAUCACUUGGUUUUGACUUGCUAAGUUGUUAUCUUUUUCAGUUUUUUGCUCUCUUUCUGCAUUUUUGUUCAGUUGCCAAUGUUGUUUCUCUUACAAGUUUUAUUUUUGGUCAAUUUCUUCCAAGUUUUGAGAAAGUGUUUGAAUAAAAUUUUGAGUCCUGAUCCGCAUUUUUUUAAUCGUUUAAUCCUUUGUUUAAUUUGGAGUAAAUAGUCAAGUAAGUUCUUAGAAAGAUUUAACCUCAUAUAAUUAAAAUCAUUCUUACUAUCACCGUCAACUUAGCCCUUGUGUAUAGGUUUUUGCAAUUGCAUCUUUUUCUCUUAUAUUUUCAUUUUAUCAUUUAAUUAGUUUCUUUUGAUCCAUUCCCCUACUUCUCCUUUUCUUUUCUUUUUUUCUGCUCAAACUAUAAUUUUGAUGGAUCAGUGGAGGCUUUCCAUGUAACACAGUUAAGGCGGAACAUGAGAACUUUUCACAUUAAUUCUAGCUCAUGUAUUUUUUUUAAUCACAUUUGAUCAUUCAUCUUCCACCUCCAUCUCCUUCCCCCUUUUUUCUCUUGCUCCAUAGUUCAAACCAAAUGAAGAUGCGAAAAAAGUUUCAUGAAAUGUGUAUAGUGCCAACACUUAGGUGACACUUAGCUUUUGUGGUUAAAAGUCAUCCAAUUUGCAUACCUAAUCCAAUUUACAUACAAAAUAAAAAGCAUAUGUUCUAUUUUAUCAUAGUUGUUGAGGCAAAAGACUCUCAGACUCGGUCUUGAGCAAUUGCAGAACCACACAUAAAGAGAGGAAAAACGAGAGAGAUGGAAAAAUAGGGAAAACUGUAUAUUCUAUAUUCAUAUUGAAUGUUUUUUUUUAUAAGCAUAUUCAUAUUGAAUGUAAUCAGUGUUAUAUACAGACACUAAUCAAAAGCUGACUUGGCAUAUAGCUGACCUGGCAUAUAGCCACAACAACACGAAACAGACUCUUAACAAACUAAACAAAUCACAACAAGUAGUUGUUAUCACCCUAAACAUGAUUACUCUCAACACACCCCCCUUAAACAGUUUACAUCAGAAACACUUCAUCCCAAGUCUGUUUCUCAGCUUUUCAAAACUUUCCCUCUUCAAAGCCUUUGUAAGCACGUCUGCCACUUGCUCUUCGGACCUACAGAUUUCGAGCCUCAGCUUAUUCUUGCUCACCUGGUCCCUCAGAAAGUGAAACCUGGUUUUGAUAUGCUUGCUCCUUCCGUGAGCAACAUGAUUCUUGGCAAGAUUAAUGGCAGACUUGUUAUCAACAUACAUCACAAUAGGUCCUGCAGAAUCCACUUUCAGAUCAUCAAGCAAAGUUUGCAACUAGAGAGCUUGACAACUCCCCGACAACUUCAUUUUUUUUUAAAUAGUUUAAAACUUGUUUAAUUAGGAUUAAAUAUUCUUAAAUUAUUUAACCUCAUAUAGUAUUGAAAGUAUACUUUAUUGCAAUUGCAUCUAUUUAAUAUUUUUCCUUUUAUCAUUCAAUUGGUU